CACGUAUUCCCGAGGUGUUCCCUAGGUGUUUCUCAGUAGAGCUCUCGGAGCAGUCUCGCCGAAUCACAUAUUCCUUUAUUCUCUUCUCCUCGAAUUCAAACGUCUUCGUUCGCGAAUUCACUUUUGGCGAAACGACCACGUGCCCAGCAUCCAAGUUCCACAGUGACCUAGAGAAUCUCACACCUGUCCCGACCUGUCCCCCCCCCCUCCCUCUGAUUCGUCAUCAACUGUGACGGCGAGCUUAGCUUCGUCAGUAAGGCAACGCGUCGCAUUAUUUCUUAUCCGGUGCCACGUAACGCGCAGCUCGCCGUAUCGAUACGAUCGUGCCGAGUAAUAAUUAACACUUGCUGUUCGGAGUGCGGUAUCGCAUCACGUCGCGGAAGUCGCCCGUCGUUAUCCCUCUUUGAUCUCUCUUCCCGAGGAGGAAGGCGAGGAGGAGCUUAGCCUCUCGUUUCAGUCUUUCUUUCUCUCUUUUUCUUUCGUCGUCGCUGUUCGUCCGACAACAAGAUUUCGACAUGGGAGUCGAGGACAAGAUGUCUGAGAAGAAUCCUGAAAUGAAACAAACUGCUGCAAGAAUCUGUCGAGAUUACUUGCACGGCGUAUGGAAACAUAUCACAGCGGAAAACAUAAUUCUCAAGCGUGUCAGUGGUGGUCUAAGUAAUUGGCUGUACAACGUCCAGCUUCCUGAGGGAACAGUUCCUAUCAGGGGGGAGCCUCGUCAAGUUUUACUACGACUUUACGGGCAGGUGCAUGGAGAAAGAGCCUUAGAGGGACUUAUCACGGAAUCCGUCAUCUUCACUUUAUUAUCCGAGAGGAAGCUGGGCCCUAAGCUACACGGCGUGUUUCCUGGUGGCCGUAUAGAGGAAUACAUACCGGCCCGACCUUUGCUCACGAAGGAGCUGGCGGAUUCAACCUUGAGUCUACUAAUCGCGGAGAAAAUGGGACAGAUACACACGAUGCAGAUACCAAUUAGCAAAGAGCCCACAUGGAUAUGGGACACGAUGCAGAAUUGGCUCAACACUGCAUCGGACAUUCUCGAGAACAUUGAGGACAUCGACAGCCAGCAGUUGGAGAAUGUCAGUGCGAUAAAGUACAUAGAUUUGGAGCAUGAAAUCAAUUGGCUUAGGUCAAUUGUAAUGCAGCAAAAGCAUCCAGUUGUGUUUUGCCAUAAUGAUAUGCAAGAAGGAAAUAUACUGUUACUCCAAAACUCGCGAACACCCAAAUUAGUACUCAUUGACUUCGAAUAUUGUUCCUACAACUACCGAGGGUUCGAUAUCGCCAAUCAUUUCGCCGAAUGGCAAUACGACUACACGGCGCCGGAAUAUCCUUUCUUUCAUGAACGUCCGGGUGCCGGUCCCACAAAGGAGCAAAAGCUCAACUUCAUAAGAGCCUACCUAAGGACAUUGGGGAAAGAAGGAUCUCUGGAGGAAGAACGCAUCAUGAUGGAAGUGAGGAUAUUUUCGUUAGCUAGUCACUUAUUCUGGGGUCUUUGGAGCAUUGUAAACGCGAAACUGUCACAGAUUCCAUUUGGUUAUUGGGAUUACGCUGCCUCCAGGUUGAAAAAUUACAUGUACCUAAAAGAAAAAUUCCUUGUUUCUGGAUCAGCCUCGGAUGGCAGCCUGAAGAGGAAAUCUACGGAUAUAGACUGAAUGAACGAAGAUUGAAAGGCAAGAUAUAUUUGCACCAAAAUUUAUACCAACAUUUUGCUACAUAGCUAGCUUUGUUUGGUUCAUCGAUUCUAACUGAUGGCGUUAGCAAGCUUUGAUGAGCGACGAAUAAGCGAGUUCUUAACGAAGCACGCCAAGCCAUUAUUUCACACAUUGCGAAAUAAUGUAGCCCAUUGCUUUCUAAACCGCAUAGGUUGCAUUGUCUGUAUAUGACACACAAUGUAAGCAAAAGGAGCAGAUCGAGAGUGAAUGGAAAGUCAAUCAUGUGAUAUAGAAUAAGUUAGUACUUAAACGUACAAGUCUUCGCGUUUAGUACUUUUUAACGUUCACUUAAUUGAUUUUUUUAAUUAAUCGAAUUUUUAAAUUAAGAAAACAGCAUACUCUAAAGUGUACUUAAUUUUUUAAUUCGAGACUUGAAUGAUGAAAUGGUAGCAAUUUUGCCCUUUUUUAAAUAAGGGAUUAGGAAAAACUGAGUGUACAAAAUCAUGUACUCAAAUUGUGAAAGAGCCCGUAAUUUCUGAAGACAUAUAUUUAUACAAUCUUUUUAGCUAUUAUAUAUUUAUUAAUUGUUGCCAACCAUGUCGAAUCUAAUUCACUUGUGCUUGUUUACUUGUUUCAUGUCAUUAUAAAUUAGUUGUAAAUAGGACUAGCAAUAUUUGCUAUAGUAUGCUAUUUUUACUUGAACUUGUAUAAUUCAUAUCUGUAUUUAAGUAUAAGUACUUAAUAUUAUACACGAAAAAGGACAGCAUUUAACAUUCACUAAUGUCUACCAAUGCACCGACCACUAGAAAAAUGUAUUUUCACGAAUUUCCAAAUAAAAUCAUUUACUUCUCGUU